ACCUCACAGUUCCACCACCCCAUCCGCGGGCUCGGCCUUAGUUUCCCCUAAAGCAGCGAAUGGCCGGGGGUGGAACGCGGAACCUGCAGGUCUUCUGGAGAGCAGGGUGCUUCUGGUCAGCCUGUCCGCAUCGCCUCCACACCCGCAGGCUUCACCAUGGGCCGGACCGUGGUCGUGCUGGGCGGAGGGAUCAGCGGCUUGGCCGCUAGUUACCACCUGAGCCGGGCCCCUUGUCCCCCCAAGGUGAGUGCCCCCCACCUCCGUGCCAGAGGGAGCCUCCUUUAAUACUCCUCUCCCAUUUCCAGCAAGAGGGAAUGCGCCGCCCCAUUCCCCUCCUGACCCUUUACGCCGCCGCGGCCGCGGCCGCGGCUAUAGGCCGCAGUGUCUCCCUCUUGUCCCCAGGUGGUAUUGGUGGAGGGCAGCGAGCGCCUGGGAGGCUGGAUCCGCUCGGUACGAGGGCCAGAUGGUGCUGUCUUUGAACUUGGACCUCGAGGAAUUCGGCCGGCGGGAGUCCUGGGAGCCCGGACCCUGCUCAUGGUGAGCGGCUUGUGGAAUGCCUAGGAGAGGUUGUGGAGGGACCUUCACUGGAGAACAGAGUGAAGGGGAGCAAGUAGAUUUGGUGGUCAGUCCUUUCCUUAGUUUAUGCUCUUUCUGAGGACGUGUGGAGCAGGUUUCCGAGCUUGGCUUGGACUCAGAAGUGUUGCCUGUCCGGGGAGACCAUGCAGCUGCCCAGAAUAGGUUCCUGUAUGUAGGUGGCGCCCUGCACGCCCUGCCCUCUGGCAUCAGGUAAUGCUAUCACCUCUUUACUGCCAUCCUUCUCUGCUUCCAUCCUCACAUCCUUUCCAUUUCCUCAUCUUCCAGUUUGUCAGCCCUCCCAGCAAAAGGGGCCAAAUGAAUGGAAAUGACCCCCUGGAGCUGGGGGGUUAAAUCAGAGCUCCCUCUUCACUGUGCCUUCCUCCAUGCAGGGGGCUACUCCGCCCUUCACCUCCCUUCUCCAAACCUCUGUUUUGGGCUGGGCUGAAGGAGUUGACUACGCCCCGGGGCAAAGACCCUGAUGAGACUGUGCACAGUUUCGCCCAGCGCCGCCUUGGUCCUGAGUCUCACCCUUAAGGUGGCGUCUCUAGCCAUGGACAGUCUUUGCCGUGGAGUGUUUGCAGGCAACAGCCGUGAGCUCAGCAUCAGGUCCUGCUUUCCCAGUCUCUUCCAAGCUGAGCAAACCCAUCGAUCCAUAUUAUUGGGGCUGCUGCUGGGGGCAGGGCGGGGCCCACAGCCAGACUCAGCACUUAUUCGCCAGGCUCGGGCUGAGCGCUGGAGCCAGUGGUCACUCCGUGGAGGGCUGGAGACAUUGCCUCAGGCCCUUAACACCCACCUGACUAGUAGCGGUGUCAGUGUUCUCAGAGGCCAGCCAGUCUGUGGGCUCAGCCUCGAAGCAGAAGGGUGCUGGAAGGUGUCUCUAGGGGACAGCAACCUGGAAGCUGACCACAUUAUUAGUGCCAUUCCAGCUUCAGUGCUCAGCAAGCUGCUCCCUGCUGAGGCGGCACCGCUGGCUCGCGCUCUGAGUACCAUCACUGCUGUGUCUGUGGCUGUGGUGAAUCUGCAGUACCGAGGAGCUCGUCUGCCUGUCCAGGGAUUUGGACAUUUGGUGCCAUCCUCAGAAGACCCAGGCAUCCUGGGAAUCGUGUAUGACUCAGUUGCUUUCCCUGAGCAGGAUGGGAGUCCCCCUGGCCUCAGAGUGACUGUGAUGUUGGGAGGUUCCUGGUUACGGACAUUAGAAGCCAGGGGCAGUGUCUUAUCUCAGGAGCUGUUCCAAAAGGAGGCAGAGAAAGCAGCUGCCACUCAGUUAGGACUGAAGGAGCCACCAAGUCACUGCUUGGUCCAUCUACACAAGAACUGUAUCCCCCAGUAUACUUUAGGCCACUGGCAAAAACUGGAGUCAGCUACCCAAUUCCUGGCUGCUCAGAAGCUGCCUUUGACUCUGGCUGGAGCCUCGUAUGAGGGGGUUGCUGUCAAUGAUUGUAUAGAGAGUGGGCGCCAGGCAGCAGCCCGUGUCCUGGGCACAGAACCUAACAGUUGAUCCUCAAACCCCACUUCUUCCUGCCCCUGCUCACAGGGAUUCUCUCACCCAUGAAAAUAAAAGAUGCUGGAGCGUG